GAACUUUCUUUUCGUCAGUUGUUUGAUACUUCUCGCGUGUGGUUCUCGCUAUACUUGCCUGGGAUUGGCUGUCUCGGAUUCUUAUUGUCUUUAAUUCUUUAUUCAUUGCCUAAUUUCUGGUGGGACUUUACUUGUUGAGUUGAGUGUCUAUGUGCUUAUCUUGUGAAUUUCCAGUUAGCUAUCUUGGGUUGCGCGUUUCUUGCUGUUCUUUUGCGCAUAAUGGUGAGCAAGGUCGGAACACGACAUGUCUUGCGUCAUUUGGCUUCUUCUCCUUUUACAUCGAUACCCUUUUCCCAUUGUCCCGGUUUCACAGUUUUCAACUUUCCUACUUCAUCCUUAAUAUCCUUUUGGCUACUUUGACCCCAUUUCGGAUGUCAUUUACGGCUGCUAUCUAUUUUUGAUUUAAAUUACAUAGCAUGAUUCAAUGAUACAAUGGUGCAUUCGGUGCAUGCAACUUUACUCUCUACUCAAUGCUC